AUGACCUCUCACAUCCCCAUCGCUUUUGACGUCCUCGGAACCUGCUUCUCGCUCGACCCGGCGAAGGAGGCCCUGCGAAGCGUCUUCAAGACGGUGUCGGACGCGCAGGCGGAGAGUGUGAUCCAGGACUGGUUCCAUUCGGCGCAACGGGACUUCACGUACUUGAGCAUAAACGGGGCCUACAUGCCCAUCGGCCAGGUCCUAAAGAGCACCCUCCCUCGCAUCCUCCUGAUGCACUCGCUCGUCCCCGCCUCGUCCGCCUCGCCCUCGACGACCCUCUCCACCUUCGACUCUUCCUUAACCGACCCCAUCAUCUCGACUCUCUCGUCAAUGCGCCCUCGACCGUCGCUCGCAGCGUGCUCCCACCUGCUCCUCUCGCACGACUUUCGCCUCAUGGCCGCGACGAACGGCGCGCUCGAGACGACGCGUGGCCUGUUCGAGAAGGGCCUCGGUAAAGAAGUCGCUGAGCGAUGGGAGUACUUCUCGACGGACGAGGCGAAGGUGGCGAAGCCGGACCAGAGCGUCUACCAGAACAUCUGGAAGAAGCUGGGUGUCGAGGAGGGCGGCGAGAAAAAGGGCUGGUUCAUCGCUGCGCACACCUGGGACCUUUUCCCGGCGAAGAAAGCUGGCUUCAAGACCGCAUUCGUCACCUACGAGGAGCAUCUCGUCCUGCCCGACCUGUUUGGGGAGCCGGACAUUGUCGCCAAGGACCUCGAGGACGCCGCGCAGCAAAUCAUCGAGCGCGAAGGCGGUCAGGCGUAG